UGUAUUAUUCCCCCUCAUUGACCCUUGAUAGAAGGGCCAGCUGUGAAGUGUGUUCAUAACGGCUCUUCCCAAAAUGGAUACCGGGCUGCUUUUCCUAGCUUUGCUCCUCAGAGAAGUUUCAGUUUCAGAUCACACAACCACUACAAUCACAACUACCCUAACCACCCCUACCCCUGAUCAUUCAACCAAUGCUAUCACAACUACCCUAACCACCUCUACCCCAGAUCACACAACCUUUGCCAUCGCAAGUAUUUUAACCACCCCUACCCCAGAUCUUACAAUCACCCCUACCCCAGAUCAUACAGCCACUUCUAUCACAACUACCCUAACCACCCCUAUCCCAGAUCACACAACCUUUGCCAUCACAAGUAUUUUAACCACCCCUACUCCAGAUCUUACAAUCACCCCUACCCCUGAUCAUUCAACCAAUGCUAUCACAACUACCCUAACCACCUCUACCCCAGAUUGCACAACCUUUGCCAUCGCAAGUAUUUUAACCACCCCUACCCCAGAUCUUACAAUCACCCCUACCCCAGAUCAUACAGCCACUUCUAUCACAACUACCCUAACCACCCCUAUCCCAGAUCACACAACCUUUGCCAUCACAAGUAUUUUAACCACCCCUACUCCAGAUCUUACAAUCACCCCUACCCCUGAUCAUUCAACCAAUGCUAUCACAUCUACCCUAACCACCUCUACCCCAGAUCACACAACCUUUGCCAUCACAAGUAUUUUAACCACCCCUACUCCAGAUCUUACAAUCACCCCUACCCCAGAUCAUUCAACCAAUGCUAUCACAACUAACCUAACCACCCCUACCCCUGACCACACAACCUUUGCCAUCACAACUAUUUUAACCACCCCUACCCCAAGUACCCAAACCACCACUGUCACAACUACCCUAACCAUCCCUAUCCCAACUAACCAAACCACCACUGUCACAACUAACCAAACCACCACUGUCCCAACUAACCAAAUCACCACUGUCCCAACUAACCUAACCACCCCUAUCCCAACUAACCAAGCCACCACUGUCCCAACUAUCCAAGACACCACUGUCCCAACUAACCAAACCAUCCCUAUCCCAACUAACCAAGCCACCACUGUCCCAACUAACCAAACCACCACUGUCCCAACUAACCAAACCACCACUAUCCCAACUAACCAAACCACCACUGUCCCAACUAACCAAACCACCACUGUCCCAACUAUCCGAGACACCACUGUCCCAACUAACCAAACCAUCCCUAUCCCAACUAACCAAGCCACCACUGUCCCAACUAACCAAACCACCACUGUCCCAACUAACCAAACCACCACUAUCCCAACUAACCAAACCACCACUGUCCCAACUAACCAAACCACCACUGUCCCAACUAACCAAACCACCACUGUCCCAACUAGUCAAACCACAUCUAUCCCAACUAACCUAACCAGCCCUAUCCCAACUAACCUAAACACCCCUAUCCCAACUAACCAAGCCACCACUGUCCCAACUAACCAAGCCACCACUGUCCCAACUAACCUAACCACCCCUAUCCCAACUAACCAAACCACCACUGUCCCAACUAACCAAACCGCCCCUAUCCCAACUAACCUAACCACCCCUAUCCCAACUAACCAAACCACCACUGUCACAACUAACCAAACCACCACUGUCCCAACUAACCUAACCACCCCUAUCCCAACUAACCAAGCCACCACUGUCCCAACUAUCCAAGACACCACUGUCCCAACUAACCAAACCAUCCCUAUCCCAACUAACCAAGCCACCACUGUCCCAACUAACCAAACCACCACUGUCCCAACUAACCAAACCACCACUAUCCCAACUAACCAAACCACCACUGUCCCAACUAACCAAACCACCACUGUCCCAACUAACCAAGACACCACUGUCCCAACUAACCAAGCCACCACUGUCCCAACUAUCCGAGACACCACUGUCCCAACUAACCAAACCAUCCCUAUCCCAACUAACCAAGCCACCACUGUCCCAACUAACCAAACCACCACUGUCCCAACUAACCAAACCACCACUAUCCCAACUAACCUAACCACCACUGUCCCAACUAACCAAACCACCACUGUCCCAACUAACCAAACCACCACUGUCCCAACUAGUCAAACCACAUCUAUCCCAACUAACCUAACCAGCCCUAUCCCAACUAACCUAAACACCCCUAUCCCAACUAACCAAGCCACCACUGUCCCAACUAACCAAGCCACCACUGUCCCAACUAACCUAACCACCCCUAUCCCAACUAACCAAACCACCACUGUCCCAACUAACCAAACCGCCCCUAUCCCAACUAACCUAACCACCCCUAUCCCAACUAACCAAGCCACCACUGUCCCAACUAACCAAACCACCCCUAUCCCAACUAACCAAACCACCCCUAUCCCAACUAACCAAGCCACCACUGUCCCAACUACCCGACCCACCACUAAACCAGGUACACUGACCACCACACAACCAGGCAGUUUAACCCACAGUAACCCUGCAGGCACAAGCACAACUGUAAAACAGACCACGACAACCAAACACAAGCCGAACUCCACCCUCAUCCCAGGUAACCCCAGCACGCCUGCCCCCCCUGCAUCACCAGCUUCCCCUUCCUUUCCUUCAACGCGCCCCCCCCUGGUCUGUAUCCAUGGGCAGAACGUGAAUGGAGUGUGCCUCUGUCCGGACGAAUGGACUGGGAAGUUCUGCCAAAUACCAAAUUUCUGCAAUGGAACCGAUGUCGAUGGUUUCACUUUCAACAAGACUGUCAUUGGACGGUUUAGCUACUCGCGUGAGCACUGUAUGAGAACAGCCAAUGGUAAUGUCAUAUUUAAAAACUGUGUCUUUUUAUUGGUCUGCUGCUCAAGAACACGGCAGAGGGAAGGAAAGAACAGAGAAGGGUUACCAUAAAGCAAUGU